AUGAAGAGAAUGAUGAAAAGCAUAAUUUGACCUCAUACUAGGACAACCCAAGAAGCAAACAAAUAGGAAUUCAAAGGAAACAGUGAAGUGUGGGCAAUCUAUAAGAAGAUUGAGAAGAGGUAUUGACAACAAAGGAAAGAGGUGAAGCCUGUUUAUUGAAUUGCUGUUGAAAGAUACAGGUGAGAAAAAUCCAGUUCUUUCACAAAAGAAAGUACAGAACGGCUGUACUAGCGUCUGCAUUCAAAGCAGGGUGAGAUCACGAACUGAAUGAAUGAUAUUGUGAACACAAUAUCAUCACAACCAAUUAGACCUGCAGUGGUCUUUAAAGUGGAGAUAUGGAAGAUUAACAUGAGCUGUGUGGAUGGUGACUGCUCUCAUAGAAACUCCUGCAGAAGGCACUCCGCUGAACUGAUGAACAAGCAGCGGUUACCACCUCAUCUAAGCCAGCAACCAACACAGUUUGAACCUCGGACAGAAUAACCUCACCUCUCUCUCUUGCUCUCUGUUUUGUCUCUGGCUCUCUCUUGUCUUUCAUUUUCUGUUUGUAAUGGAUGUCUGAGGAUUGAUCAUCAUGCCUGUGAUGAAAGGGCUCCUGGCCCCUCAGAACACCUUUCUUGACACCAUUGCCAAGCAUUUUGAUGGCACACACAGUAAUUUCCUGCUGGGAAAUGCUCAGGGGAGUCGAGGGUACCCGAUUGUGUACUGUUCAGACGGGUUCUGCGAGCUCACUGGGUUUGCACGCACCGAGGUAAUGAAGAAGACAUGUAUAUGUCACUUCCUGCAUGGCCAGGAAACAAGUGAGAGAGUUACUCAGCAGGUGGAGAAAACCUUGGAAGGACAGAGAGAGUUCCAGGCAGAGGUCCGCUAUUACAGGAAAAAUGGUACCCCAUUCUGGUGUCUGCUGGACAUUGUGCCUAUUAAAAAUGAAAAAGGAGAAGUGGUUCUUUUUCUCUUGUCCUUCAAAAAUAUCACUGAAUCAUAUGGGAAAUCACAUUUCAGCUCCACCACAGAAGUUUUGACAGAAGAUGGUACUCAAAACAGGAAGUCCAGUCAAACACAUUUGAGUCAAGCUCGUGAGCGUGGACGUAGCGUUCUGUACAACCUUACCUGUCAGUUCACCAACAGGAGCAAAAGGAAGCUGCCAAAUCAUGUUUUUUCACAGCUAACACUCCCGGAGUACAAAGUGGCAUCGGUGCAGAAGUCCCGCUUCAUCUUGCUUCAUUACAGUGUAUGCAAAGCAUUAUGGGAUUGGUUGAUCCUCCUUGCAACAUUCUAUGUGGCUGUUACUGUCCCCUACAACAUCUGUUUCUCCGCCCCUGAUGACAAUGAACAUGACACCCCGGACUGUGACUCCACCUCCAGAACCACCAUUGUCAGUGACAUAGCUGUGGAGAUGCUCUUCAUUCUUGAUAUCAUUCUGAAUUUCCGAACCACCUACGUUGGACCUGCGGGUCAGGUGGUUUAUGAUUCUCGCUCGAUUUGUCUGCACUACUGUACGACCUGGUUCAUUCUGGACCUCAUCGCUGCCCUGCCCUUUGACCUGCUCUACUUAUUCAACAUUUCUGUUACUUCUCUCGUCCACUUAUUGAAGACAGUGCGUUUGCUGCGUCUCCUGCGCUUGCUGCAGAAGCUGGAUGGUUAUUCUCAGUACAGUGCUGUGGUUCUUACCCUACUAAUGUCUGUAUUUGCCCUGUUGGCACACUGGUUGGCCUGCGUUUGGUACGUCAUUGGACGCAAAGAGCUUGCCAGCAAUGAUCCUCUCACCUGGGACAUUGGUUGGCUACAAGAGUUGGGGAAGCGUCUGGAGACUCCCUACACAAAUGGUACAGUUGGCGGCCCGUCGUUGCGCAGUGCCUACAUUGCUUCGCUCUACUUCACGUUGAGCAGUCUGACUAGCGUUGGAUUCGGAAACGUGUGUGCCAACACAGACGCUGAGAAGAUCUUCUCCAUCUGCACCAUGCUUAUUGGGGCUUUGAUGCAUGCAGUGGUAUUUGGAAACGUGACAGCUAUCAUCCAGCGCAUGUAUUCUCGCCGUUCGCUCUACCACACGCGCAUGAAAGAUCUGAAGGACUUCAUCCGCGUGCAUCGCCUGCCCCAGCUGCUGAAACAGCGCAUGCUGGAGUACUUCCAGACCACCUGGUCUGUCAACAAUGGCAUCAAUGCCAACGAGCUUUUACAUGACUUCCCAGACGAGCUGCGGGCGGACAUCGCCAUGCAUCUUAACAAAGACAUCCUUCAGCUGCCACUCUUCUCUUCGGCCAGUAGGGGGUGUCUGCGUUCUCUCUCCUUACACAUUAAGACGUCGUUCUGCGCACCGGGCGAGUACCUCAUUCGCCACGGAGACGCCCUGCAUGCUCAACACUUUGUCUGUUCUGGGUCACUAGAAGUGCUCAAGGACAGCAUGGUGCUUGCCAUAUUGGGUAAAGGAGACCUGAUUGGUGCAGACCUGCCUGGGAGGGAUCAGGUGAUCAAGGCUAAUGCAGAUGUGAAGGCUCUGACCUACUGUGACCUGCAGUACAUCAGUGUAAGGGCUCUGCAGGAAGUAUUGGAACUCUACCCAGAAUAUGGCAGCCGCUUUAAUGAGGAUAUACAUCACAACCUCACCUACAACCUCAGAGAGGGCCAAAACAGAUUCUCUCGCUCAACCCGAAUCCCACAGGAACGGUUCGAUGACUCUAAACUCCCCUUCAUUGUGGAAGCAGAUCAAGAGGAGGAAUCUGGACAGGAUGUGGGCAGGAGGCCCCUGCUCACAGGGUUGGGUGGUCCUUCAUCUCAGCCUAAUUUGAGUGCCAUGUUGGGUGAGGAGUUUCGACACCUUAGCAUGCUCCGUCUGUGCAGAUCCCCCAUUCAAAGCUCACAGGUACAAAGCCCCUCUCAGAUGCCACUUAAUGAGGAGCUCUCACCUGGUGCAGUGCCUGCCCCAAGAACAAACAAGAGCUCCUGCCAUAGGCCAACCAAACUGCUCAUCCCCACCCUCAACUGUGUCAGCCCACUGGACCUGAGUCCCAGGGUUGUUGAUGGCAUUGAAGAUAACGAACAUGCAUUUCAUUUUAAUGUUGAGCAUAGUGAGCUGUCCCCUAACACAGAGGUCAAAGACCCAUUUCAGGUUGGCGCAAACCUUCUCCUUGAGACAGAGGAAGUUAGACAGACUCUCCGUCAACUCAAUGCAGAGAUGAACCACCUGAACCGGGAAGUGUCCUCACUGACCAAAGAGCUACAUGAAAUGAUGCAGUUUCUACAUACCCAUCUGACCCCGCCACACUUCACUUCCUCUUUUACUCCCUUCAGCUCUUUCAACUGUCACACAUCAUCCAACUGCACCAACGUGGCCUCCUCUACUACUGACUGGCCCUCUCGUUUGGCCUUCAACAUGUCUGCUGGUCCCUGCAUACAACCAGAUCCCUCCCAAAGAGAUUCUUUAGGAUCCAGGCACACAUGCAUUUGCAGUGGAAGUCAUGCCCAGGAAAGAGGCUCUGUCUUGGGGCAAGAAGGGGACCUAGAGCUCCUCCAUCAAGCCCCUAGCCCUCACUCAGUCUACACCCAUUUUCCAUGCUGCCCUGAUCAGGAAAGGCUAGCUACCUUGGGCAUCGAUAGCCAGACAGUACCAUAUCAGACUGCUAAGACCACACCCAAUUCACCUUAUCUAGGACACCAGGUUCACUGUAGUGGGGGGUCUCUACUGGGCUUGGCUUCAGCUUUCCCCUCCAGUGGAGUGGUGCCUCAGAUUAGGAGUGGGGGUUCCACUAUCACUCUUAGCAACACAUUGUCUCUGUGCACGCACAGCAUCCAAAGUCAGUCCCAUCCAAGCUUACAAAUGACCUCUGAUCUGACAGCAUGCCAGCAUUCCAGGGCACCCACGCCCAUCCAUUCGUCCAUUACACCGACGGGCCCAUCAGAUCCCCUCACAGCUGUCAGUUCGCUUAUGCAUGCUGGGAUUUGUAGUUCUAGCUUACUACAUUUCCCUAGUGGCCCAAGACAGAAUGACCUGGUGGGGUCAAGUCCUGUCCACAAAUAUGGGCCCAUCAUAUCAUCCACUGGAGAAAAGGACAAACAGGGGAAGCAUGGACCUUCAGAGAAGUGACACAAGGAAUAAGUAUCCUUCAUGGUGAGCCAUCACGGAGUGAUAUGAGUGAUGGACAUACUGAGAAGAGUACACAUAUCUCACAUACUCUUUGUUUGCUGCAUGGAUAAUGCCCUCAUUUAAGACAAACACAAUGCAUUGUGUGAGCUAUGUAUAUGGGGUAGGUUAGAUAACACUGCAUGAUAUGUGCACGACAGGACUUAAAAGUCUGUAUGAGUCAUACCCUUAAUUGCAUUUAGGUUAAAUCUGUUCCCACUGGCUAGUUUUAUUUUAAAUUGGCAGUUCCACUGUGUAGGUUUUGUAUAAGACAUUGUUCCUCAGGACUGAGUCACAGAUUACAAUGUGCCAGAAUUUCCUGGCUGUAUUAUCACACUGAAUCUUUUUCAGAGCUUAAUUUCUACAUUUCAAAACUUAAUUUUCAAACUUGCCCAGUUUUAUAAAAUAACAGGAUUUAUUUCUAAAGUGAUAUUUUCUAAAAUGUGUUACAUUUACUGCCAUGAUUUGAAUUAACUAAUGUGUACCACUUACUACACAUAACAUUGAACAGCAUGUGCAAAACAUUAUAAAUUCAUUUUUGUUGUUGAUCAUCUGUCCAAAAUUCUGGGUAAAAAAAAAACAACAACUUUUUUUUAGCUUUUUAUCAUCCUUUGUUCACCAUAUUUUUAUAAAUAUAUUUCUCUACAUUUAUCCUUUCUAAGGGAAAGGAUAAAUGUUGGUAUAAAAUGAAUCUUUCUUUUCCUGAUCUCUCCAAGCCUGCUCAAGGCCAAGCCUGCCUAAACUAAAUUCCUUGCAAUUGUAAAAAUAAAUUUGCCUGUUGAAAAUGUUCACUUCAGAGAAUAAACCAUAGAGUUGUUUUCCAGCCAUUGCUCAUUUAAUGACAUAGAUUUGAUUGUCCAAUUACAUGAGAACCAGACUGUCUUGCCCUACAUAAAAAAGACAGAUAACAUUGGCUGUCAAUUAGGCUUCUAUGUGGAAGAUAGCAGCAAGAUUCUCAGCUGUACUUGCUUAUCAGACUGGAACUCCCACUGGAGUUUCUGACUGAUCCCUCACAAAGAGUCUUUGUUUUUUAAUACAUUUUCUCAUAGAUCUCCUGUGUACCUUAAGCUUCUCUCCUGUCUGCUCUCUAUAAAUAUGUAGGUCACAAAAUGUCACAGGAAGAACUGGUGGCUAUUAUGCUAGCUUUUUAAACCUAA